AUGGGUGUGCGUCUCAAUGACCUUACACUCAGGAUCAAGUAUGACGAAGAGGGCGACAGGUCGAAGGCGCUGGUGCUCUUUUGCGUAAAUCUGCCGCAGUCUGAUGGACACUAUCCGGCUCUGCGCCGCGAACUCGGGCAGAUGUUCAGGAAGGCUGUGGGCAAGAUCAUGAAGGAGGAGGAGAAGAAGAAGAAGAAGAAGAAGAAGAAGCGAGAAUCAGGUUGCUUAGGGGAGUCGGGUUUUUUAGGGGAGCCCGAGCUGCUGAGGAGCAUGUUGGCAGAGCAGUUGAAGAAGUCUGUCAAGGGGAAGAGGUUGACGAUCAAGGUGAAAGCUUCGCAGGUGGCGCUUGAUGAGGGUGAGAUGGGGCGUUUGGUGGUGCCGCAGCCGGGGUGGGCGGACUGCGGGAAGUUCAGCUUUAGAAAGAUGAUGAGUGGGUGGCUGCGGAAGCUGUUCUGA